UCUUGUAGCCAAGAAGGGAGAAGAAAGAGAUAAGAUAUUCUUCUCUCUCUGAAAAUGGUAGUUAUCUUUUGUCUCAUGUCCAUGUAUUGGGACUAACCAUAAUUUAUAAAGAGAUAAAGUAGUAGAUGGAGCAUUGAAUCGGUCUCAACUCAUGUUCAAAAUCGAUCUCUUAGAGUGGGCUCUGAAAUGGUGAAGCAAUUAGCCAAGUGUACGGCCUGCGUCAUUAUUCCAUCAGCUGCACAUGAUGAUGUUAAAGUUGUAGCAAAUUAUCCAGUUAAGUUUAAGACUGCAGCCGGCGUAGGAGCUACCUGGUGCUUAGUAGCUGGGCAAAUACUCCUCAAACAACCUGCAGCAGCAGCUACUAGAACAUCAUGUAGAGCAAGAAGGAGAUCAGUCAGAUAUCAUAAUGAUGAUGAUGGGCAAAAUGAAGACUUAGCUAUGUUAGAACGGUACAGCCAAUCAGCUAGAGAUGAAGCACUUAUUGUUAGGGCUAUAUUGGAUGAACAAGAAGUUCAAGUUGUCGUCUUCAAGGGGUUCUCGUCCAGCUUGAGCUAUGGCACUUCUGCAGACCCAUCAACAAGUAUUCUUCCGGCAAGGGCAGCCAUAAGAUGGAUAGACAGAAUCAAAGGCCCCUUUGACCCUUCCCAAAUUGACUACAUUGAGAAAGAUUUGUCGUGGGAUGCUUUUAAGACCCGUUUGCAGGAUCUUUAUUAUUAAUUUCAGAUUCUGAAUAGAGGUUAUUGGGUUACAUAUUAAUAGUUUUGGCAUUUAAUUCAAUAUACUUUUCUGGAAGGUUAGACCUUAAUUUCAUAAAUAUUCUUACCAUAAAUCCCAAUUUCAUAAGCAAAUAUGCUAUUCAAAUUUGAUACUUUCUAUAAUAAUUGCGCAUGAGGUAAUUCAUUGA